UCCUCCCUCCAAUCCAUGGCCUGCUCUCCCAGACUGGCACACCCACCCCGCCGUCACUGUGGGAGAGUCAGUUGGGCCUUGUGGGCUUCCUGGUCUUCAGCUCCGCCUCGCCUCGAUCUGGCCGGACAGGGAAAACACUUCUCAGUUAAAGAACAAAAGCAACAACGGAUGGACCGAGGGGGACGAAGUAACGGCGCCUCGACUUCAGCCUUGAAUCUCACGGAUUGAGAGAUUUCAGCCAUCCACGGCAGGAUUUAGCCGACGACUGAACUCAUACGAAAGGCGACAAACUUGGUCGGCUCGCAUCUUUGUAUCCCGACAGUAAUCCGUCGAGGUGCUUGAUAAAUAAGACAAGGGUCAAAUAGACAGACAGACGGUAUUGUUUGCCUGGUCUUCCUCUAAACUUCGGCCAUAAAAAGCGGAGUGGAAGAGGGGAAACUCUGACGAGGUUUUCUUUUCUUUUCGCUCAGACGGACCUCGGGGAUAAAGGGCUGUUUUGGCAUUUUCGGUUUCUCUUGUGGUGUCUGCCUUUGUGAAGAGGCUACACUUAACUUUCAAGACUGAGAACUUGGGAGUUGAACAAAGCCUGACUGGAAAGGGGCAAAAGAGCUUAUUUUGCUAUCCCAGAUGGCGACCUACGGUAUUGGCAGAAAUGGACUUCUUAUGGGCGUGAAGGAGUCUUUUGAAGAGAAAGUAACAAAGACUGAAUGUGAAGGAAAGCUUGAAGUUAAACGCUCCUCCAAGGAUCUACGCCAUUCUGCCAGCUCGGCUGAAAGCAACGUAAGUGGUGUGGCUAGUUUCACCACCAACCACAACUCUGUUGUGUGCCUGCCUCUAGUGUCAGAGGGACUGAAAUUGGUAUGGACACAGUCGGAUCAAACCCGUGAACUUGACGCAAUCCCAGAGCUAGUCCAAGCCUUUAACUUAUUUCCAUACCCAUCAUCCCGUGAGGUUAACACCUUGGCCCGAGUAUGUGCCUUGCCACUGGACAAAGUUAAGGUGUGGUUUAUGGUGCAGAGAAUUAAAUAUGGUAUCAGUUGGUCCUCAGAGGAGAUAGAGGAGACACGGCGGAAGCUUGCAGUCCCUGAGCUUUGUGAUGACUCUGACACGAACGAGGAAGCCAAAAUAAAGAGCAAGAGCUAUGAGGAAUUGGUAAUUGAGGAUAAGGAUGGCAAUGAAGUAGAGGGUGCUCUCUCCAGCUUCACCCCCCAGAUGAAGAAACCAAAGUGUGAGUCACCAGAUUCCUACAAACCAGCCAAACCCACUGCCCCGUGUUUCAGUUCCACCCUCCCUCCUCCUCAGGAUUCAUACUUUUACCGCCCACCAGCGGAUACGCCAGCAAGCACAGCAGCUGAUGUCUCCCUUGACCUUUCAGACUCAUCUUCACGACAGCACCGCCAUGGGCGCUACAAAAAAUCUAAAGCUCAACUUGCUGCCCUUCGAAAGAGCUUUCUCAGAGAAAACUGGCCUGCGGAGGCUGAGCUUAGACGUUUGCAGGAAGAAACUGGAUUGAGUCGCAACGACAUUCGUAAAUGGUUCAGUGACAGCCGGUACCAGCUUAGGGUUGGCAGAGGAAGCCUGGCAGCAGCCCAGAACUACUCUCAACACACUGCAGUUGGUGGUAAACAUGAUCAACAAAUUCAACCUCUUCCACUUACUACACAAAAGACUCGUCAGCUAGACGGGGUGAAGGGUCCUGAAGGAGCCCGUAACAACGGGAUUAGAAAUUCACAUUUCUUUCAGACCUUUUUGACAAACAGCCUGGAAGCAUUUGGGGAAAGGGUCCUUGAUGCUGAAGAGUAUGACGGUAUGGAGGAGCUGUCUGGUGAUGGGGACAGUUUUAAAGAAGAGGAACUAAGUGAAGAACAACCCUUGCAACUGACCAAGACCUGCAAGAUUGAGCCACUAGAACUAUCAGCAACAUUAAAAUCUUCCCCCUACUCUUCCCCCUCUGGCAGCCCACCACUGAAUGCCUCGCCCAAUAAACCACUUUCAAAGAGCAUCAGCACAUCAAAGAAGUUAGCCCACUCAGCCAAAGCCAGUCCCUCACAAACUCCUUCACGCAUCUCAGGGGCUUCGUCAUCCACAUCCACAUCCCCAUCCCCUGCCCUCACUCCUGCAGGGCGACCAAGAAAGACCAAGGAGCAGUUAGAUGUGUUAAAGCAGCACUUCCUGCGCUGCCAGUGGCCCAAGAGUGAAGAUUACACUGAACUUGUUAAGCUUACAGGUUUACCCCGUGCAGAUGUUAUUCAGUGGUUUGGGGACACUCGGUAUGCCGUUAAAAACGGCCAGCUGCGCUGGGUGAAGGGGGUCCGCGACCAAUUCUUGGCAGAACUUUCAGCCCAGCAAAGCAGCAGUGGUUUAACUAACGGAAGUGGCUCUGUGACAUCUACUCGGGUUGGGGGUGGCCGCAAACGAAAAUCUCAAGCAAAUGCAGCAAGUACAGAUUCCCCUGAUAUCCAGCCAUUGGUAACAUAUUACCUUUCAACGGGCUCACUACAUGAAAAAGACCUUGACACUCUAUGCAAGAAAUCCAGAAUGAGCUACCAACAAGUGCGAGAUUGGUUUGCAGCUCAGGAUGUUGGGGAGACUGAUCAAGAACUUAUUGUUACUGAAUAAGACACUGGAACCAGACUUACGAACAUUUAUAACAAGUUGGCGGAGUGUGCUCUUGGUAUCUUUUGCACCAACAAGCAUAGUUAUUACUUUGGUUUAAAUUGCUUUAAUUGAGGCAGGUUUGUAACAUCCAGUCUUCCGAGUACAAGCCCAAAGUGAGGUUUGUGUUUUUUAUAUAUGCUGCAUUUCCUGCUUAUCCUAAUAUAUUUGGAUUUGAAUUAUAAUUGUGUUGCUGUAAAUAGGACAGUAACUUGUACACUGGUUUGCUAUAUUUUUGAGCUCAUUAUUUUUGUUUAGAUAUCACUACUACAGAUUUCUUUAGUAUAAUACUGUAGCAGUAUAAUUUAAACUGCUUGUAUGUUUGGUACCUGACAAUAGCAGAUAAGUAACUGCUCCAGAAAAAUGUCUAUGUUGAUAAAUUUGUUGACUGAUCACUGUGUGUAAUCAUUCCUUUACAGCCAAUAAUUCCUUGUCAUGAAAAGCACACUGGACAUGUACACUUUAAAUUGACAUCUUGCACUUUGGUUUUAGAGCCUGCUGCCAUUAUGUUCAUUAAAUCCAAUUAUUUCACAAAUGAUGAGUUCCUAAUUUAACAGUGUCAUUUUUGAUCCAUCAACACUGAAACCAGUUAUAAUGAUUUUUAGAAAACAACAUGAUGAAUUGAAUUUUACUACUGUCUACAGUACAUUUCAUUUCUGAAACACAUUUCCCAGCUGUCUUUUAGACACUCUGCUGUAAUACUUGACUUACUGUUUUAAUACUUUGCUUAUCAUUUCCAUUUCUUUUUUUUCUUUUUUCUUUAGGGCUAACAGUACUGAGAAAGCAGCACAACAUCACAUAAACGUCAUAGAGAUUUCAGGAUUGCGAACUUCAGUUUUGAUUUGCACUCAUUGAUUCAGUCAGUAUUUUUACAUCUCCUUUGUUUUAGGUGUAGGAUGUGACUUGAUGGUUUAUAAUAUAGACAAAAUAGAUAACAUAAUUGAGUCCAUGUACUGCAUAGUAGCAAAGGGUUUGAAUCCAAAGAAAAAGAAAAUACCAUUCUGUUAAAUCGGAUUAUGAAUUGUAGAACUUUACACAUUAUGGUUAUCAGUUCAGAAAAACUCCAUACUCUAUAGUACUUAUUAGUUAACCUACACGGGUGAUGUGGGCUUUAAAUGGAGUCAGAGUUUAGUUAAUUAGAAAUGUCUGGAAAAAGUUUAGAUGAGCAGAAUGUUGGUAAAGCAGUGUCAUCACUGUGUUUUGUCAUUCUGUUAAUGAAAAGUUAAUUCAAGUGUCAUGCUGUGGAGAAAUAUCCAUAACACUUAGUGUCUUCCUUUGCAGAUGUUUUCAUUGUAUGUUUUCCUGUUCCCAUUUGCACAAUUGUGUCACUGGAAACCAGUAAAGGAUUUGCCUUCA